GAACGGUUCAGAUCGGUUUGAAUCCUAUAUCCUGUUUUAUUUUUUUGUCAAGUGUUUCAAUGUCCUAAGUUAUCAAGUUUUUUUUUUUUGAAGUGAUAUUACAAUGAAAGGAGCUGCUGGCAGCAGACUCUUGUGGUGCUUGGGGCUCCUCCUCGUUACGGAUAAAUGGCUGCGAGUCGAGGGUUUCGUCAACUCGCCAAAAAUCAUCAGCAAAGAUGGCAAUCUUAUUUUUGAGUCCGGUGCCAAUCGUAACAUCAGUUUCCGGCUUACCGGAACCUCCCGUCUGACCAUCAACGAGGAAUACGAUGUCCUGGAUCUCCUGCUGGCCACCGGCGGCGGUUCAAAGAAACGAUCCGGCGGCGGAGCCAAGGAUGAGUGGACCAGCUCCGAGGAUAUUGUGGAUGUCAGGGAAUUGGCAUAUCAGCUAGCGGAUUUCGAGAGGAGGGCAUUCGGACCGAAUGGCUUGAAUGUGAUGCUGCGUCAGCAGCUGAACAGAACCCGGGGUUCCCUGGCCCUAAUGCGACGCUUCCAGACGCGACUCCGUGCGGUGGAGAACAAGGUGGAUCGCAUGAAGACGCAACUGGAGGCGAACGGCUGUGCGAAUGCACCCUGCGAGAAUGGAGGCACCUGCUACAACACCUAUAGUGGAUUCCGGUGUCAGUGUCGUCCGGCUUUCGAGGGCACCAAAUGCGAGGUGGACGUGAACGAGUGCGCCUUGUACGAGGGCACCGACCUGGGCUGCCAGAAUGGAGCCCAGUGCCAGAACCAAUUUGGAACGUACAGCUGCCUCUGCCAGCAGGGUUGGCAUGGCAUGCACUGCACCCAACGGAGGGCGGACUGCUCGCAGGCCAGUGCCUGGGAGCUAUGCGGGCACGGCUCCUGUGUGCCCAGCUCGGACGAUGCCGGCUAUCGGUGCCUGUGCGAUGCCGGCUGGAAGACCAACGGAUUGACGCCCGUAUGUGGCGUGGAUGUGGACGAGUGCGAUGAGGCGUCUGCCGCCCAUACGCCCUGCUCCACCAAGUGCAUCAAUCUGCCGGGCAGCUUCACCUGCGCCCCCUGUGCCGCCGGCUUGACUGGGAACGGUGUCAGCUGCCGGGACGUGGACGAGUGCCAGACGAACAACGGCGGCUGCAGCCAGAGUCCCCGUGUGGAUUGCAUCAACACAUACGGAUCGCAUAUCUGCGGUCAGUGUCCAUUGGGCUGGACAGGGGACGGUUUCAAGUGCGAGCGACAGGGACCUGGUCCAGGGCUGAUUGACGGAACCGGAUCCGACUCGAAGCCGGCCACCAUUGGCAACUGUGCGGAUCGCAGUCUAUGCUAUCCGGGCGCCAGCUGCUACGAGAUCUCCGGAACAGCCGUCUGUGCCUGUCCCGCGGGCAUGGUGGGCUUUGGAAUUGGUCCUAAUGGCUGUGUCAAUGGCACGGCCAGGAAUUGUCAGAACAAUCCAUGCCUGAACAAUGGCAUCUGCGUGGACUCGGGACCCUCGAACGUCACCUGUAUGUGCCUUACCGGCUUCCAUCCACCAAUCUGCGAGCCAGACCCCAGUCCCUGCGACAACAAUCCCUGCAAGAACGGCGGCAGCUGUCGGCCCACAACCGGCCAGGGCAACGGCGAUGGCUUCGUCUGCCAGUGCCUGCCCGGCUACAGGGAUCGCCUCUGCUCGACGCGCUUUAGCAGCUGCAACGCACUGCUGGUGGGCACCAGCGGCCGCCUGAAGUAUCCGCCGGAGGGCACUGGCUACGAGCACAAUGCCCAGUGCGCCUGGGUGAUACGGACCAACGAGUCGCUGGUGGUGAACGUGACCUUCCAUAGCUUCGACUUGGAGGAUGCCACAGAGUGCCGCUUCGACUGGCUGCAGGUUAACGAUGGCCGCUCGGCGGCCGCCCAGAUCAUUGGACGCUACUGUGGCAACCAUCUGCCGCAUGGCGGCAACAUCAUCUCCUCCGGCAACCAGCUGUAUCUGUGGUUCCGCUCGGACAACUCAACGGCCAAGGAGGGCUUCGAUCUCACCUGGACCUCGAUGCAGCCGCAGUGCGGCGGCCGGGUGGAGUUUGAGACACAUGGAACACUGGCCUCGCCAGGAUCGCCGGGUAAUUAUCCCAAAAAUCGCGACUGCCGGUGGACUCUGUUGGCGCCCAUCGACAAGCGCAUCAAGCUUACCUUCUUCAGUCUGCAGCUGGAGAGGCACGACAACUGCAACUUUGAUUAUGUCCAGAUCAAGGACACCAUAUCGGGCCGGCAGCUGGCCAAGUACUGCAGCAGUGGACAGCCGGCGCCGCUGCUACUGGCCACCCACCAGGCGGAGAUUCAUUUCCACUCGGAUGCGGAUGGCAGCGAUACGGGCUUCCAGCUGCACUACUCCGUGGAAGAGCGGAUUCCGGGCUGUGGGGGUGUCUUCACCGCCCGCGAGGGCACCAUUUCCGGGUCGAGUGGAGCAUCUCAGGAUGCCACCGCAGGCGAUCCCAUGUCCUGCGAGUACGAAAUUCGCUUGGCCCUUGGCGAGCUGAUUGCCCUUCAGUUGGAGCUGCUGACGCUGGGACCGCAGGACUGCCUGGAGGUGCUGGAUGUCCUGGACGGAAAUGUGACCGUGUUGCAGGCCAAGAUUUGCGGCUCGGAUGCGAGGGGUUCCAAUCUGCCGGCCUAUACCUCGCUGUCCAAUCGCCUCAAGAUCAAGUUCUACGCCAGCGCAGGUCUCUUCCGGCUGCGAUACCGCGCUGCCUGCUCCUUCACCUUCGACAGUGAGGUUGGAACGCUAACCUCGACUGGCUACCCCAACAUGCCCAGGGGCGAUCGCUCCUGCUCCUACACGAUCCGGACGGCCCCCAACACGGUGAUCAGCGUGAGGAAGAUUGACUUUCAGCUGAAGAGCGGCGAGAAUGACGAGGACGAUGCGGGCUGUCUGACCACCAGCCUUAGGGUCAACGAUGGCCUCAAUCGCCAGAUCCUUGGACCCUACUGCGGCGCCAAGCAGCCGCCGGAGGAGUUCCUCAGUCAAACGAACUACCUGCAGUACCAACUCACCACAGAUACGGACACCCGGGGCCGUGGCUUCAAGCUGGAAUACCGGGCGGUGCCCGUGGCCAACGACAAGUGCGGCGGAGUCCACACCCGACCGGGAGACAACAUCCGGCUGCCGGUAAAUGGGAUGGGUGAGUAUGCCAAUGACGCCACCUGCUACUGGGUGAUCCUGGCGCCGCCCAACAAGGGCAUCCGUCUGCACUGGAUCAGCUUCGAGCUGGAGGGCUCCAUGGACUGCAGCUUCGACUAUGUGGAGAUCUUCGACCGGCUGGAUGCCCAGCUGGGCAGCUCGACGGCCAAAUCGCUGGCCAAGUACUGUGACAACCGCCUGCCGGAGGAUCUGAUGAGCCACUCCCGCCAGCUGGUCAUCAAGUUCACUUCGGACUACAGCGAGUCGGACGGCGGCUUCGAGUUGUCCUACACCUUCGAGGAUAUGGGUCAAUGUGGGGGUCAUAUCCACGCCUCUGCCGGCGAACUGAGCUCCCCAAGCUAUCCCAUGUUGUACUCCAACGGCCUGGACUGCGACUGGCGUCUGACGGGGGCCCGCGACGAACUGUUAGAGAUCCAGAUGGAAGUCUUCGACCUGGAGCAGUCGGCCAACUGCUCGGCGGACUAUUUGGAGGUGAUGAACGGCGGCGGCACUGACUCCCCGCUGAUUGGACGCUUCUGCGGCACGACCAUACCCACGCGCAUACCCAGCUUUAGUAACGAGCUGACGCUGCGCCUCCACACGGAUGCGGCGAACACUGCCCGGGGCUUCCGUCUGCGCUGGCGCAUUUUCGGCUCCGGCUGCGGCGGACGGCUACGUGCCAAUUCGGGGGUCAUAACGUCGCCCAGAUACCCGAACGCCUAUCCCCACAUGGCGCACUGCGAGUGGCGCCUAACCGUCCACCAGGGAUCGGGCAUCACGCUGCUCAUCGAAGACCUGGAGCUGGAGUCGCUGGCUAACUGCUACUACGACAGCGUCAAGAUCUACAACGGACCCUGGCUUUCCGGCCAAAAGCCGGAUCGCACGCUCUGCCAGCAGCCGACGCCGCGGGACAGAGUGAUUCAGGUGGAUUCCAACGAGGCCACCAUUGUCUUCGAUACGGAUUCAAGCAACGCCAUGCGUGGUUUCCGCAUCUCCUACAAGGCCAACUGUGUGCGGAACUUGACCGCCACCUCGGGCACCCUCGAAAGCCUCAACUAUAUGGAACCCUUCACGGAGGACAUGCCCAUCAACUGUAGUUGGACCAUUCAUGCGCCCAAGGGAAAUUCCAUUCGCCUGGAGCUGUCCCACAUGCAGCGGCAUGAGGAGCAUCUGCCCACCGACCUGCGCGACGGUCUGUAUGUUGUAGAUGGCCAGAACAUCCAAAAGCUGUUGGCGCCGAAGGCUCUGAAUGCCAGCGGCGAGGUGAUUACCGUUGUUCACAAUGCCAGCACCUUGAGCUUCCUGAUGGAUUACCAGGUGGUGGGUUGCAUGGAGGAGCUGCGCGGCGAGAGCGGCUCAUUCCAUUCCCCGAAUUACCCCGGCAUGUAUCCCAACAGCAUGGAGUGCUAUUGGCAGAUCAACGUGGAGCGGGAUCACCUCAUUAAGCUGACCAUAACGGAGAUGGAUCUGGAGGAGAGCGUCAAUUGUACUAAGGAUGCGCUGACGGUGUCGAAUCAUAUGAGCGAAGUCCAGGUCCACGAACGUCACUGCGGCUCCACCAAGAAGCUGAUCCUCACCAGCUCUGGCAACAGGAUGCAUGUGCGCUUUAUCUCGGAUGGUUCCCACAAUGGCAAGGGCUUCGAGGCCAAAUAUCAAGCGGUAAAAGCGACUUGCGGUGGCACAAUCUCCACCAGAAACGGUGUCAUCCAGUCGCCCAACUAUCCGGGCAACUAUCCAGAGGGCAGCCACUGCGAGUGGCAGGUGGAGGUGUCCAAGCACCAUCGCAUCGUCUUUGAUGUGCAGGAUUUGGAUAUGGAGUCGGGCUACAGCUGCUCCUGGGACUAUUUGGAGGCCUUCGAUGUGACCGAGGAUGAUGGCGAGAACCGGCAGCUAUUCAAAAUCUGCGAUAAGGACGAGGACGAAUCUGGCAAGCCAAAGAUGUCCGCCACAAAUGUGGCUCUGGUGCGUUUCGUCAGCGAUGAUUCCGUCUCCAGGAAGGGAUUCCGAUUGCAUUUCCACGAGACCUGUGGACAGACGGUGUCCAUCGAUGAGUCCGACUUUGAGUACAUCCAGAUGGGACGCCAGGCCUCGCGCAACGAGAGCUGCCUGUGGGUGCUCCAAGCCCAGGAGCCCAACAAGCGCAUCAUUUUUACGGUGACGCACAUCAAGCUGAGGGAGGAGGAGGAAGUGGGGGGCAGCCACUACCGCACGGAAGGUGACUGCAUGCCCGAGGGUGUGCACAUCUACGAAGGUACCGAGGUCAAGGGUACACCUCGCCUCCAAUUCUGCCACUCUCAUCCGCCGGCCCUGAUCUCCAACGGCCAGGCUCUGACCAUCAGUGUACCCCUGCUGCUGGUCGAGGAGUUCGAGGCCCACUACAUGACCAUGGACACGGCCUGUGGCAGCUAUUACAACGCUCUAUCCGGAAGAUUCAGUACACCGUACUAUCCCUCCUCGUAUCCGGUGAAUAUCGAAUGCAUGUGGUACCUGGAGGCCAACGUGGGCAACUCCCUCAGCGUGACCUUCGAGUCAAUGGACCUGGAGGAUUCGGAGGGCUGCAAUCGGGACUAUCUGGAGGUGCGCGAGGAGUCGGAGAGCGGCAAACUGAUUGGUGUCUAUUGCGGCAACCAGUUGCCGGGCACCAUUCGCUCGCGCGGCUCCCUCUGGAUGGCCUUCAAGAGCGAUGACGACAAUGUGGGCGAGGGCUUCAUAGUCUCCUACAGCUACGAACACCACAACGAGCUGAACGGCACGGAUGGCAUUGUGGAGUCGCCGCACUAUCCCAGCCAGUUCCAGGACGCACAGCAUCCGUACAGCUGGCGCAUUACCGUCGACAAGGAUUACGUGGUGGUGCUCUCGGUCCAACACCUCCGCGAUGUGGACCAGCCGCAUUUGCGCUUCUACGACGGCUAUUCGGACAUUGGGGCACGCAUCGAGGUCACGGAUCCCGACGAGCCCAUCCGGUCCAGCUCGAACGUGCUGUACUUCACGGCCAGCCGGGGUCCCUUCCGGCUCAGCUGGCAGCGACUGUCCAAGGAGGAUCUGCGCUCGAACCGCACGGCGGAGGCCCAGAUGCGACUCUGUGGCAACGAACUGGUCUCCGUUGGUCAAGCGGCCGUGACCUUCCACUCGCCGGGCUAUCCCAAUGGUUACGAAAACGGCUUGGAUUGUGCCUGGAGCCUGGUUGCCUCGGAUCCGGGCAUGCAUGCGGUGCUCUCGCUAAUCCGGGUGGACUUGGAGGUAUUUGGCGGCGAGAACGAGUGCAUUGCCGAUUACGUGAGGAUCUCCAGCGGCAGUGACCUGCAGCACUGGUCGGAGCCGAGCAAAAUCUGCUCGCUGCGCAACGAGACCAGCGGGCGGACCUACCACGGCAAGCCCCACCUCCGGGUGGAGUUCGUCACGGACGGCAGCGUCAAUCAGACGGGCUUUAGCGGCCUGCUGAGGACGGCCUGCGGCUCGGACAUUGCCUCGGCAAAGGGUGAGGUCAACAUCACGGAGGUGGUAAGGCGCAGCUCAAUGCGGAUCAACGAGUGCGUGUGGACCCUUAAGGUGCGCCAGGGCAGGCGGAUCAAGAUCGAUUUCCCGCAGUCCCUGCUGCAGAAUAGCAAUCUGGCCGGACCUUCGUCCGGCUCCUCCGGCUGUGACAACUUCCUCUUGCUGCGCAACGGGCUCGACGAGGACUCUCCCUUCCUGGGCCACGGCAAAUACUGCGAGGACAACAUCCAGGACACGCUGGAGACCACCUCGAACCGGGCCUAUGUGAAGUUCCGGUACUGGGGCACGGCCCGUUUCCUGGUCUCCUUCCGGUUCGAGGAACUCUCGCACGCCUGCUCCCGGCGCAUCGAACUCAAGGCGGCCACCGACGAGGAGCUGAUCAGCUCACCCUACUACCCCAAUCUCCCGCAUCCGCACUCCGAGUGCGUGUGGAUCGUGACUGCGCCGCCGCAGCACCGCAUCAUGCUGCACUUCCGCGGCAAGUUCGAUCUGACGGCUGCCUCCAAGGCUUCCGGCGACUGCCAGCAGGAGUACGUAGCGGUGAACGAUGGCAGCACGGAGCUGAGGCCGGAGCUGGGUCGCUUCUGCGGCCAGCGCAGUCCGGACACGAUCUACUCAUCCGGCAGCCAGCUGCGCAUCCACUACUACACGGACGUCACCGAGCCGCACAUCGGCUUCCAGGCCAGCGUGAAGCUGGCCAGUUGCGGCGGCGCCUACUACAGUCCCGACGGUGUGAUUGCCUCGCCGCCGCGGGAACUCCUGCAGAUACACAGCGAGGAGGGUCAGCCGCUGGAGGAGUGUGUGUACACCAUUGAGCUGGAGAAGGGCAACACCAUCGAGCUGCACUCCCAGUUUAUUAAGCUGCCGGCGGCGGUGAACGGCAACUGCUCCCAGCACAGCCACCUGCUGCUGGAGGAGAUGGAGGCCUUUGGGUCGGCGGGCGUUGAGCGCAUUUCGGACCGACUCCUCGUGUGCGGCUCCGAGGAGAAGAAUCUGAUUGGUGAGACCAACAAGAUCGUGUUACGAUACCGCCUCCUCGACGGUCUGCCACCGGAGGAUCAGGGCUUCCGCAUCACCUACAGCUCGGUGGGAUCCCGGUGCGGCGAAACGAUAUUCGCCAUGCAAGGCGUCCUGCAGACGCCCGGCUAUCCCGACGGCGUGCGCACGCCAGUGCACUGCGUCUGGAAGCUGGAGGUGCCCAAGGGAAGGCGUGUGCGCCUCGAGAUCGUCGACUUUAAUACGGGCUCAGGGAACGUGACCAGAGGAGUAGGCGGAUUUAUAAGCUCAUUCCGCGGCCGCCUCAUCAUUGCCAACGAUCACAAGAUGCAAUCAAUUCUGGGCCGCUACACCAACAAUCCGCCCGAGGAGGUCAUCUCGUCGGACAAUACGAUGGGCAUCGAUACCUUCCUGCUGCCUAUAAACCAGCUCCGGGGCUUCCGCUUCCGGUUCUGGGCCUAUGGCACCAGUCUGUGCCAGAGCCUUGACCUCCAGGAGAAUGUGACGAAGCAGAUGACCUUCGAGCGUACCAAUGUCACCAGCCUGGUCCACUGCAGCUAUGACAUCCAGCCGCCGGUCAACAGCACCGUUCUCAUCCUCGUAAAGGAGUACAACACCAGCUCGGUGAUGAUGCGGAACACCCACCUCUGCUCCCUGAUCUCGCCACUCAAGCUAAACCGCCUGUCCAAGUCGGAGGCUUUAUUGCCGCGCCUUCUUUGCGACUUCGAGACCAGGCCGCAACGCCCCGUAAUUAGGGUGCCCUUUUCCAUCCAGAUGACGGUUUCGGCUGGCGUGCGAAACUCACUGACGAACCUCAUCCUCGGCUACAGCAUGCAGGCCUGCGGCGGUGUCCACAACCUCGAGCCCGGCGACAAUAUGACGGUGCGACAGCCGUCAGGCAUGGAGGGCAUCCGGGGAGCCAUUGAUUGUGCCUGGGCCAUCGGUUCGUAUGCGGAUGAGAUGACCGAGGAUGACUCCGCGUUGCAGGAUCUUCAGCUCGAGGUCUCGAUCAGGGUCAACCUGCCGACGCCAGCCCUGGCGCCAGGUUCGACGGAAGUUCGGUGUCAGCAUCACUUCCUUACGGUCUACAAUGGCCCCGAUCAAAAUUCCCCCAAGCUGGGCGAGUACUGCCAGGAGGACGUCGCCGUAAACAUGGUCGUGGAGCGGGGGCUCUUCCUCGAGUACCAUGCCGAUCAGUUUAACCCCAACGCCACCUUCAAUGUGUCCAUCAAGUACGGUUCCGGAUGCGGGGGCCGGCUGAAGCAUCCGUAUCGCAGCAUCGAGUUCUACGAGCAGUACAAGAACAACGUCGAGUGCAUCUGGGAGGUGGAGGCGGAGGCGGGCUAUCACAUUGGCCUGUCCUUCCUCAAUCGCUUCUUCAUCGAGGACAGUCCCGGAUGCACCAAGGACUACCUGCUGGUUCAGCAGCGCGACGAUGCGAACGGCAACUGGACCGACCUGCGGCGGAUAUGCGGACGCAGUGCACCGGAUCAGAUCAACUCGACGGCUCGCUUCAUGCAGCUGAUCUUCCGCUCCGACGGCGACACCGUCGGCCAGGGAUUCCUCGCCAAGUUUGAGCGGAACUGCGGCGGUCCGUUGUAUGCCGACGACGAGGAGCAGAUGCUGUCCAGUCCAAACUAUCCGCUGGGCUACGACAAGGGCCUCUACUGCAACUGGACAAUAAAGCCCAGGAAUCCGGAGGUUGCACGCGGUGUCCUGGUCAGUUUCGUGGAGUUCGACCUGGAACAUGCGCCCAUAGUGCAGUGCCUGUUUGAUAAUCUCACCGUGAUCACCAGGGACGACAAGGAUCACGUCAGCCAGGCGGUUCUCUGCGGUGUCAAGCAGAACCAUGAGUACAGGGCCUUGGAGUCGAUCAAUCUGGUCCUGAGGUCGGACAACAGUUUCGCCGGCCGGGGAUUCCUGCUGCGCUACAGCACCCGGCUCUGCGGCGGCGUGGUGAGCAAGACGGGCGUGGUGGAGUCACCGCGCCAGCACACGGACAACUCCCUGCCGCCCAGCAGCGAUUGCUACUGGAAUCUGACGGCGCCCGAGGGUCACAAGUUCACGGUAAAGUUCCAGCUGCUGGACUUUGAGCCGCACACCAAUUGCGCCUACGACGGCGUGGAGAUCUUCGCCGGCGCAGUGCCCCUCGAACGGGAGCGCCGCGGUCGCUUCUGCGGCAGGAUCAACGAAGAUCUGCCGGUGAUCAGCAUUCCGCAGAGCAGGGGCCUCAUCCACAGCUACUCGGAUGACCGCGAUCCCUCGCGCGGCUUCAAGGCCCUGGUCCGCAUUGUGCCCAAUUGCGAUGAGCAGAUCCUGGUCAACAGCUCGGCGCGCUACAUCUUCGUCAAGUUCAGCAAGGCCAAUGGCUACGAUGCCAAUUUGGACUGCCAGAUCGUGUUCCGGGUGCAUCGGGAUCAGCAGAUCAGCCUGGAGUUCCGCAGCUUCCAUGUGGAGUUGUCGGCGGACUGCCGCAAGGAUUAUGUGGAGCUGCGCGACGGGGCCGGGCCAUUUGCCGAUCUGAUUGGACGCUUCUGUGGCCAGGAUCAGCCACCGACGCUGACCACCACCCGGCAUACGCUCUUUCUGCGCUUCGUCACCGACGACCAGGUGAAUGACUCCGGCUUUGAGGUGGCUAUCAGCGCUGUUCCCCGGCUGUGCGGCAGCCCGGAGAUCCGACUGGCGUCCGAUGGUGUCAAGCAGGUGACCAUGAGCUCACCGUCGCGGGAGCCGGGUGGCAACUAUGCCAACGGGGUGGCCUGCUUCUGGAAGAUCAUUGGCGACAAGCCGCUGAGCCUGCACUUCCUCAGCUUCGAUGUGGAGGGGCCCGAUGCCAAUGGCAGCUGUGUGGCCGAUUACCUCAAGGUCUACAACAGCGAGGACGCCCAGCUGGUGGAGCAGGGCUACGGCACUGAGCUCAUCUUCAAUGGGCACACCUCCGCCCACAACUACAUCAAUUAUGCCACGGAGCACGUUUACUGCGGCAACGCCAAGCCGGAUACGUACUUCGCCAAUGCCAACGAGAUCAACCUCAAGUUCCGGUCGAACGGCAUGGAGACCCGGCCGGGAUUCCAGCUCCAGAUCACCCUGGCCAGCAACUGCGAGCGCCACUAUGGUGGGCUGCAGGGCAGGGUCUACGUGUCAGAGACGUCGGACUGCGACGUCAUGAUCCAGGCACCGGCGAACCACACCCUCAGCUUGUACUACACGGAGCUGGUCUUCAGUUCCUAUGACUGCGACGUCGAGCACUUGGAGGUCUACGACAGGACCAAUCGAUCCCUGCAGCGUGUCUGCGGCUAUGUGGAUAUGGGCAAGAGCCUCUUCACCUAUACGGAUCAGGUGCGACUGCACGUUGUGACCGGCAGCUAUCUGACCUCCCUGGACCUUACCUAUCUGGCCAGUCCCGUGGAGAAGGGUCCCGGAUGCGGGGGUCAGUUCUACAACACCCAGGGCAUCUUUGCCAAUCCCUUCUAUCCGGAAAAUGUCCGGAACAACACCGACUGCCGGUGGAUUGUACGGGUGCCGAGCAAUAAUAAAGUGUUGCUCACCUUUGAGGCCUUCAAUCUGGGCAGCAAGACCACCUGCCACACGGACUACCUGCAGAUUCUGGAGCAGGACGAUGCCGGGGAGGAGCGCGAGGUGCGACGCUUUUGCGGCGAGGACAACCCAAAGGUGUACAAGAGUCCGCGCAGCCAGGUGGUGGUCCGCUUCCACAAGACGGUCAACUACGAUGGCGUGGGCUGGGUGAUCCGGUUCGCAGGGGUCUACUCCAACUACCAAAUACCGAGGCAUCUAUUGGGCUUCCGCUAAGAUGGAAGCUUUACCUUCCCUGUCUUGUAUUUUAAUCGAUUUUCUAUAUAUUUUUUAAUAUAAAUAAAUGUUUAUGAGAGAGUUUCCAAUGAAA